AUGGAGCCGCCCCCGCAUCCCGCCCGACGGAGCGACCCACGGCCCGCAGCGGGGAUGGCGGGGAGCAUCCUGCCCCACGGCCCGCAGCGGGGAUGGCGGGGAGCAUCCCACCCCUGCCCCACCGGCCGCAGCCGGGAUCACCGGGAGCAUCCCACCCCUGCCCCAUGGCCCGCAGCCGGGAUCACCGGGAGCAUCCCACCCCUGCCCCACGGCCCGCAGCCGGGAUCACCGGGAGCAUCCCACCCCUGCCCCACGGCCCGCAGCCGGGAUCACCGGGAACAUCCCGCUCCUGCCCCACGGCCCGCAGCGGGGAUCACCGGGAGCAUCCCGCCCCUGCCCCACGGCCCGCAGCCGGGAUCACCGGGAGGAUCCCGCUCCUGCCCCACGGCCCGCAGCCGGGAUCACCGGGCGCAUCCCGUCCCUGCCCCACGGGCCGCAGCCGGGAUCACCGGGAGCAUCCUGCCCCACGGCCCGCAACCGGGAGCAUCCCGCCCCUGCCCCACGGCCCGCAGCCGGGAUCACCGAGCGCAUCCCGCUCCUGCCCCACGGCCCGCAGCCGGGAUCACCGGGAGGAUCCCGCUCCUGCCCCACGGCCCGCAGCCGGGAUCACCGAGCGCAUCCCGCUCCUUCCCCACGGCCCGCAGCCGGGAUCACCGGGAGCAUCCAGUCCCUGUCCCACGGGCCGUAGCCGGGAUCACCGGGAGCAUCCCGGUCCUGCCCCACGGCCCGCAGCCGGGAUCACCGGGAGCAUCCCGUCCCUGCCCCACGGGCCGUAGCCGGGAUCACCGGGCGCAUCCUGCCCCACGGCCCGCAGCCGGGGAUCACCGGGCGCAUCCCGCUCCUGCCCCACGGCCCGCAGCGGGGAUCACCGAGCGCAUCCCACCCCUGCCCCACGGCCCGCAGCCGGGAUCACCGAGCGCAUCCCACCCCUGCCCCAAGGCCCGCAGCCGGGAUCACCGGGAGCAUCCCGCCCCUGCCCCACGGCCCGCAGCGGGGAUCACCGAGCGCAUCCCACCCCUGCCCCACGGGCCGCAGCCGGGAUCACCGGGAGCAUCCCGUCCCUGCCCCACCGGCCGCAGCCGGGAUCACCGGGAGCAUCCCGCCCCUGCCCCACGGCCCGCAGCGGGGAUCACCGGGAGCAUCCCGCUCCUGCCCUGCCCGCAGCCGGGAUCACCGGGAGCAUCCCGUCCCUGCCCCACGGCCCGCAGCCGGGAUCACCGGGAGCAUCCCGCCCCUGCCCCACGGCCCGCAGCGGGGAUCACCGGGAGCAUCCCACCCCUGCCCCACGGGCCGCAGCCGGGAUCACCGGGAGCAUCCCGGUCCUGCCCCACGGCCCGCAGCCGGGAUCACCGGGAGCAUCCCACCCCUGCCACACGGGCCGCAGCCGGGAUCACCGGGAGCAUCCCGCUCCUGCCCCACGGCCCGCAGCCGGGAUCACCGGGCGCAUCCCGCCCCUGCCCGCAGCUCAGGCUUUCUGCCAUGGCCUCGUACGGUAAAGCUCGGACACGAAACAACUUGAAAUCAAAGCAACACCCCGCACAAGCAGACGUCUUUAUACGUAUACACUGUAAAUACUGUUAA